AUGGAAGUUGUGGUACCUGAGGUUACGAUUCCGGUGAGUGAUGGUCUGGAGAAUGCAGGUUCUCUAGUUGAGGAAGCUCGCAACAGCUGGAAGAGCUUCACACAGAGUAGGAUCUCUGAUAAAGGUAUGAAUCUUAGCUUUAUUGCUCCGAUGGUUGUCAAUGGUGAGUCAGUGGCUCAGCUGGUUAAGAAGGAUGUUGAUUGUAUGAGUGAAAAAUGGGAAAAUGCUCUGAUUGUUUAUGUUAUUGGUCAAAACCCUAGCAUGAUGGCCAUAACUAAUUAUUGUAGAACUCAAUGGGCUCCCAAAAGUGAGUUCAAAGUUUUUAAACAUGAUGAAGCCUUGGUAGUGACGCAAUGGACUGCAAAUUUUAAUUUUCAUAAUGAGGUGUUAAGGGUCAUACCUAUUUGGAUUAAAUUGCCAAAUCUACCACUUAACUGCUGGAGUCCAGAAUCUUUGAGUAGAAUAGGAAGUGUUGUAGGUGUUCCUAUUUACGCUGAUGAGUGUACCACUAAGCAAUUGAGGAUAUCUUUUGCUCGAAUUCUGGUGGAAAUGGACGUUACUGUAGCUGUGCCAAAUGAAAUUAGUAUUGCGGAUUCAGAGGGGGUUACGUUUAAGCAAAAGGUUGUGUAUGACUGGUUGCCUGAAUUUUGCCAGAAAUGUCAAAAAGUGGGACACUCAUGUGAAAGGAAGGCUGGUCCUAUUACUGCUAAGAAGGUGACACAAAAGUGGGUUGAAAAAGGAGCUACUAUUCUUCAGAAGGAGCCUGCUGUGAUUACUACUAAUGUGAUAUCUUCUAUGGGAAAUGCUUCAGAGGGUACUAUUGGGGAGGAUGUGAGUGCUGGUGUUUCUAAGGAGAGAUCAAACACUCCUCCACCUACCAAUGUGACUCCAGUAGUUACGCCAAUAGCUCAUACUCAGAAGUAG